GAUCCUGGAGGAGCUUUGUUUAAUUUCACUCUUAUUUUUAUCGGGUUUUCAUUACCUCUGCUGGGAAGAUGGCAGGGCACACAGCCUCGAUAAACGGCCAUAGACCACCGCUGUCGUCAUGCCCAAGAAAGGGAACCGAAAACGGCUGAAUUUUAAAGCCGAUGAUAUUUGCUCGGAGUCAGUAACUGUGGCUGACUAUGCCAACGCUGAUCCAGCCAUUGUGAAGUCAGGAAGAGUUAAAAAGGCUGUCGUUAAUGCGGUUGAAAAAGAAGUGAAAUUACUCUGUGGACUUGAGGCAUCCCACGGUCCGGUGCAGGAGGUGCUCACCUCUGCAGUUGGUAUGGGUAAUGCAGCCCAUGAGAGCAGUGAUGAACUGGACUCCGAAGAAGGGGAUGAAAUCAAAGGGUCCCACAAAAAGAAAAACAAGAGACAUAAAGAAAAUAGUGUUGGCACAAAUGGGGAGGAGUAUCCUGUUGAUAUUUGGCUUGUGCUUGCGGCAUAUAUUCGCCCAGAAGAUGUUUGCAGAUUUGCUUUGAUCUGCAAGAAUUCUUGGACCGCCACGUGCACUGCUGCAUUUUGGGCACGACUCUACAAAAGGCACUAUAAUCUUGAUGCAGACCUCCCAGAGCGCCUUCAACCUGAUUCUAUUGCAAAGAUGCAUUGUCUUCGUGCUCUUGUCAUUCGCUCGCUUUUUCAUCUAUAUGAGCCAUUUAACCUGCGGGUUUCCAAAAGCCCUCCUCUUCCUGAAUCUACGCCAACUGCGCUACUCAAUUCUAAGUGUUUGCUGUUUUGGGUCAACAAAGUGUCUGGAAGUAGAUCAGAGCCAAUGUGGGAAUUCAACUUCAAGUUUGUUAAGCUGUCGACCAAGGGCAAAAAUGGAUGUGACCUGGGUCUUCAGCUGCCCAAGCAGUAUAAAAACGUUCACACUAAUCCAGACUUGGACUGUUAUCUGCUGCGUGUCACCACCCUCAAUUUCAUAUUCACUUCUGUUGUAAUGGGCAUGACUUUAUCGUUGUUUACUAUUAAUGUGAGUACAGACAUGAGACACCAUCGAGUCCGUCUGGAGUUCCAGGAUUAUCCAGUCUUUCGAGGGAAGAAGCUUAGAGGAGAACAGGGGGUGCAGGUAGUGCUGGACCCUGUCCACAGCGUCUGCCUUAUGGACUGGUGGCACCCUCAGUACCCCACAUCUUCAUAUUAUUAAACUAAGCUCUGUCAUUAACCUUCUCUGUCACAAACAUUUUGUAGAUGACAAUUCAGGCCUAUUUCAACCAAUCAAAGUCCUGAGUCUGCUUUGUUAAUUUGGCUGUGCUCCUUUCUUCUUUUUUUUUUUUUUUCUCUCUUUAAUUUUGCACUUGUGCACUGGUUUUAUUAACACUUAAAAAAUGGUUCACCAAAAAAUUAGAAUUAUUUUCACAAAACAAUUAUAAUUCAUUAUUUAUGAUGUCUUAUGUCAUCUUAAACUCGUAUGACACAGAUAUUUUAAUGGAAAAAUUAUGUCUGUUUCUCCAUACAAUACUAUGGAAUGGUAAAGAAGCUCCAAAAAGCACAAAGGCAGAUUAAAAGGAAUUCAUAAAACUCCAGUGCUUUUAAUCCAUGUUUCUGAAGCAAUCCAAUCGGUUUUGGAUGAGAACGGACCAAAAUGAAACUCCUUUUUCAUUGUACAUCUUGUCAUUGCUGUCUCUAGACCCGAUCAUGAUUUCAAACUCUAUGCACAGCGUGCUAGAUGGCGUCCAUUAAAACUCAGAACAUAUGACACUUUACAACUCUCUGAAAUCUUGUGUUUGCACACAGAAUUUAUUUCACUGUGCAUACCCCAGUUCCUGGUGUUGUGCCGAUUUCUGACUCCCUAGUAUUAUGUUCAUGGGUAGGCGUAGGGAUCGGGACCAGUGAGUAGUAAGAGUCAGACAGGGAGUCAGAUUUCAGCACAGCACUGUUAUUCAACAGUAAGAUGGUUUAGAAUUGAUGCAACGGUGAAUAUAAACAGAAAAAAAAGUGGGUACUGUAUAUAAAAGGGAAGCAAACUUGUGGACAGUACCCACAUUUUUCUGGUUCUGUUCAUUAAGUGGGUUGCUUUCUGUUACUCUGAACGUGGGGUGCAGUUACAUUUUAUAGCCCUAUAGAUAAAUAGUUUACUACAGUAUGAAGAUAAAUGGUAGUGAUGGUGAUUUUAAUGCUUUGUUUUUUUGGGGGGGUGUUCACUGGAAAGAUUAGUAGGUGGCGACAAAAAAAGUUUAAAAAAAAAUCUUAGUAGCGUCUGUGUAUUCAUAAAAAUUCUGCUAUGAAGGAUUUAAAUGCAGUGGUCAACAUUGAAGUGGUGUAAUGUAAACUAGUAGCUUUUAGCUUGGUGAACAUUUAUGUGUUCAGUGCUUUGUUUUAUAUUAGCUGUGAGUUCACUUUUGCAACCAUGCAUGCUUGCCUAGUUUCAUUUCUUUGAAUAGACUGCAGUGGCGUGGAGAUUCUACAUAUUUUGGAUUUUAAAGUGUUUGUUAAAAGAAAGUUCUAGUUUGUGAACAACGCUGGUCUGAAAUUAUGAAACCUACUGUAUAGAUGGAACCAGUUUAAAUUGUCAUCUUUACAAUUGAUUUCAGAAGUUGUGCUCCUUUUUGAAGUAAAUUCUAUUAUGGUUUUAGAGAUGUCAAAAGUACCAGUACUGUUUUUGCAGUACCGGAAGUACUGUGUACUGACACAAUUCAGUACCCGCACUCUGUCUGACAAAUGCCUGCUUUCUAGUGCUCCCAUGCUUGUGCAUUACUGUAAAUUUAUAAUAUCUGUAAUAUAAAUCCAAUAUGUAAUCAAAAGGGUUGAUCAGUGAGGAUACAGUAUUAUGCUAGAAUGGCAUUCUCUGUCAAUUCUGAGAGUACGGAGUAUGUUGUCAAUAUUAUAUGUGCCUUUUUUUGGGGGGGGGUUCUCCCAAUUUGGAUUUCCCAAUUUGCUCGAAGUCCUCAUGGUGGCGCAAUCUGGGUGGCAGAGGAAGAAUCUCAACCCUCCCUAGCAACUGGGCUAAUUUAGUUGCUUGGGAGACCCAGCUGAAGUUACUCCGCACGCCCUGGGAUUCGAACUAGUGAACUCCAGGGGUGGUAAUCAGCGUCUUUAUCACUGAGCCCCCUGGCCCCAGUCCCCCUGUAUGUGACAUUUUAAGAAUUAAAUUACUUUCCUCUACACUACUCUUACAGUAUGAACGUUUUUACAUUGGGGUGACUUACUGUAAUGUGCAGCCACUGCCAUAGUUAUGCCUCGGUUUACUGUAUUGCAUCACAUAGUGGACAAUGAUGGCACAGAUCUCAUUGGGCGCAGCAGUUACCUGUCAUCAAACUCCCCUGACAGCUUUAGUUUUAAAAGAAAUCUACAAGUUUGCAUAUUUUUUUCUCAUAUACUAUGGGGGGGAAACACAUUGCUUAUUUAUUAGUAAUAAGGGUUGCAAUUUAAUACUCUCUGUAAAGCUGUAAAUUUAUUGUAAAAAGUGCUAUACAAAUAAAUGUUAACUGAAAAUGUUUCUCUUUGGGUUUAUAUAUCUAACAUUCAUAGAAAAAAGACACACUGUCAACAUAGUUAUAAAGUAAAUCUUGUCCAUAUAACAUUUUAAUAAUACAUUUUCAAUGACAAUAUAAGCCCUUUUUUCUUUAUUUAGCAAACAAUAUGUCUUUAAAAUAUCACAUUUACCAUGUCUCUCACACAGGGGUCCCUUGCAAACGUACGUUCAUAUUUGGGGGUCCUUGGCAUUAGGACAUUUUAAACCCCUGCUGUAAACAAUAGUGGUUGCAAAUGAUAUCAUUUGGUAAUAUUGUAGCAAGUGUUCAUUAUGUUUGGUUGUCCUUUUUCGAAUGUGUUAUUUACUGUAGAUUUUUGAUACUUUACAAACACAUCAAAAAAAUCUAACCAGUUUGACAUAUAUAGAUAUACCAAAUUAUUCAUUGAUUAACCAUUAGUUUGAUUAAAUGAUGGUCAAAUGUAUUUAAAUGAAUGAGAACAGAUGCUUAUGAAAAGUAUGAUGUUAAUAACAUUAUGGAAGGCAAAUACUUUCAAUGAAAGGUGUGUAUAUAGAUGAUAAAGAUAAUAUAUAAUUAUUUGGUGUGGUGAAAUAGUUACUUUGUGAUUGUACUGUCUAUUGAAAAUAUCCUGAAAUGUUUGAAAAUAAAAAAUGUAUUUAAAUUUAAAUUUUUUACACGCGUAACGCGUCUUUGUGUUGACUUAAUAUUGAAAUCACUCGCGCCUGACGCGCUAUUCGCGUCCGGUGUGAACGCAGCAUUAGUUUAACCAGUAUGCCACUGCCAGUUUAGUUCUUCGGAUAUGCAAUGGUGGUUCCCCCCCCAUUCUUUCAUAAAAGAUAAUUCUAAUAACAAUAAUAAUUAUCCAGUUGUAGCCU